AUGACUGAAACAAUGAGGACGCUAAUGCUGUUGUUGGGGAAAAUGUUACUAUCAUGGCUCUGGUUGGCGGACAGUCGCCAUGUGCUGGAGUGCUGUAGCACAUGGGAUGUUGCAACGAGACUUAACACUCACUCGGUAACACUUGCACGAAAAGAUUUGACGCAGACUCGUUUAAUGAAACCGUUUUGGACCAGCUCCGGAUUGUGCCCACCGGAGCCGCGCAAUGCAAGUGCAGCUUUUUUGCUAUCGCAAGACACGUUGACAAACCUGGAGCUCAUUGGCUCUCUGCCGGCUCGUGGUUUUAGCCAUGUGCGGAUCCAUUGGCUUCUAGAGCUUAUUGAAGUUUCGGAGGAGAGGAACCACUCUCGAUAUAACUUUACCGCGUUAGAUAUGUUGAUAAAUCAUCUGCAUAAUGUAGAACUUUAUCCUGGAUUUGAGUUUAUGGGCAUACCGAAAGGCUAUUCUGAACUACCCUGCAGGAAAACAUUUUGGACGGAUUUAGUACAACAACUAGUGGAAAGAUAUACAGAUCGAUACGGUUUGCAGUACGUAGCAGGAUGGAGAUUUGAAACGUGGAAUGAACCCGACUUACGAAGCUACAAUUUGUUGAACUUUACCGUAAAUGACUAUUUAUCGUACGUAUUUGCCGUCCGGAAAGGCUUGGAUGUAAUGAGUCAAAGAUUUAGUGCUUUAAAUUUGGGCAAUGAUCCUAUGAAAAGGGUGAAGUUUCCUUUGUACGGUCCAGCGGGUCUAUUUAAAUCAGCGCAACAUCAUCCUUUCUGCUGGUCUGUGCUGGAAGUUUGUAAUUCAACCACUCCACACAGCUGUCCAUUCGAGACGAUCACCUUUCAUCGUAAGGGAAGCGGACGUUGGGCUUCCGAAGUGCUCGACGGUGGUCGACAGUUGCUGGAAGAUGUGUUGAAACGGUUCCCAAAUGUUAAACGUCUAAGCUUUGCCAAUGAUGAAGCCGAUCCAAUCGCUGGUUGGUCCACGGCCCGUCAGUUUCAGGCGGAUGUGCGUUACGCAGCUAUGCUUUUUUCGAUCGUCACUCAACAUUGGUCUGCAAUUACCGACGGGGAUGACUUUGGACAGCACUUACAGUUUCUGUCCCACGAUAAUGCAUUCCUCAGCUACUAUCCGUACGUGUUCGAGCAGCGCACACUGUUUGCACGGUUUCAGAUGAAUCUUACUAAUCCGCCACAUGUGCAGUUCGUGGUAAAGCCUGUGUUUUCUGCACUAGGAAUGCUAGCGAACUUGGCUCCACUCGCUGGGCCAACACAUUACCUAGAGGGUAAUGUUUCGUACUUAGCCUCGAUUGAUGAACAUAUGACGUAUCUUUGCUUGCUAGCAUCACGAUCGAACGAUAGCUUCCCUGUACAUGAGAAACGAUCGCAUUUGAAUAUUUCCAUCCCUACCGAUAUGCUGAUCGGAACUCGCCUCAACUACCUGCUAGAAGCUGUGCAGGAUGGUCGAAACGAUCCAUUUCGUGUGUGGCAGUGGCAAGGCAAGCCACCGUACCCAACAUCCGAGCAGUUUGCUGCUAUGCGUGAAGUUCAGCUUCCAAGCAUUUUGCUGGCAGGAUCUCAGAAUGUUCAGCGUGGAAAAGGAUUGUCAAAUAUUAAUCUUUCCUUAAACUUGCGCGCUCCUUGGAUUGUUAGCGUACGGGUAUGCAGUGAUGAUUAUGCUCUCCCUGGACAAGUUUACGGUGUGCGCGUAAGGAUGGUGUUUCAGGAUGAAGUGUUAAUACAUUGGAAAUUGUCAACGGAUGGAUUGAAAGAUCAUCGGUGUAUUCGAACGUAUCAGAUUUGGUUUAAAUCUACACGCUCAACUGAUGCUAAACGGAAGCACAAAUGGUGUAUUAUUAAUAGGUUUAAACAUACACCUUUCAUGUUUUAUCAGUAUGUUAGUAAAAUCAUGCCUGUUAGUGGAAAACGAGACAUCAGUUCCGUAUGCUCUGGUGUGGUAGGAUACUACAAGGUGCGUGCCGUUGAUUUUUUUGGUCGGAAAGGACCAUUUUCUACACCGGUUCAUUAUGGGACCAACGCAACGUUUCACUUUGGUUCAUCAAAGGAAAAACAUAUCAACUAACAUGAUGAAGACAAAACGGUAAUGGCAUGUGCAAACAACGUCCAUUUUUUCAUGCUAUAAAAAGUUUCGAUUGAGGCACAUUAUAGCAGUAGGGAACCGUCUCAUCUACUAGCUCCACAUCGUAUUAAAGACAUCUAACAUCAACAACACGCCAGACGUUAUCCAGCGAUUGAAGAACAAUGUCCUAGAAUCGUUGCUGCUUUGCUCAAGCACAAAGAUGCAGCACUAAAGAGGUCCAUCUAAAUGUUACUCAAUUCGACGCAAACGACAAAUGCACUAAGGUUGAGGCCGCCUAUAUUUGACGCAUCAAUGUAGACCAGCGGUCGGCAAAGUCAGGCCCGCGGGCCAAAUUCGAUCCUCCACAACAUUUAAUUAGGCCCGCGAAAUAAUUUGCCUUAUUUUGAAAGUUAUUAAGAAACAAUUCGUAAGUAAAUUACUGAACAGAUUUUAGUAUUACAUUUUAGUGUUGGGAAAGACGAAUACUCAGAGGGAUUCGAAUCUUCGAAUCCCAAUCCCUCUUUGGGUAAUGGGUAAUUUUCAUCAAUUGAUUUAACUUUAUCAUUAAGCCACAUUUACUAAAUUAUUCUCGUUUUAAUCCAUCAAAAAUGUUAUUAAAAACGUUUGUUUUCAAUAGCGAUUCAAACGAUUAGCGCAUUUCUCGUUUCUCAAUGGGAUUAUAAUAAAUCCUAUUGGAAACCAAUCGAUAAUAGAUUGCGAUCGUAAUCCCAAUCGAUUUGCAACCGAAUUCCAAUGGAAUCGCUAUCGAAUCCCCAUCGAAACUUAUAAACGGGAUCCGAUCCGAUCGAAUCUUUGUAGGGAUUAAAUCUUCGAAACUUUCUACUCCCGAACCGCCAAACAAUAUUACAUUUCAUAUUGUCCUCCACUUCCAACAUUCAUUAUAGUAAUAUGGAUUGAGGAAAGUACCAUUACGGUCGAACUAGAGGUUAAAAUUCACGUAUGUGAAACAUACAUUAUUAUUAUUAUUAUAUUAUUUGAAAGUGUCCGCCAAAGUGGCUUAACAAAGUGUGUGAUUAAUGUUAGUUGACGAGAGGAAAUAAGGAUGACGGGUACAGAUUACAUGGACUGGAGUGAAGAAAAAUCACGAAGACGUGAACGGAAUCGAGACACUGGGACAUUAAUGUCAAAUAAUUGAUAAAAGUUGUUGAUAGCCGAUAGAGCUCGGAGAAAAGGAUCGUUCGAACCGUAGCGGGUCUGGCGGGAUGGGAUGGAUAGGGAAGGUAUAUCAUGAAGGCGACGAGAGGACGCAUAGAGAGUAAUGGCGGAUAAGAGGGAUGGGAUGACAAGUUCAUUUAAAAGGAGAGCUGAGAUGAAACUUGCAGGGAUGUGGGAAUGUCUAUCUUCGAUGGGGAGUAAUCCAAGAAGGCGACAUCGGAUAGAAUAUGAAGGAAGGGAUUGAUGAGAACCGGGAAGGCAGCGUCUACUCGAGUGAACUUACGCUGGACACUCUCCAGCCUGGCCAUCGCUGUCGCGCCUGGAGGAGAUCAAACAACGGCGACGUAUUCCAAGAUAGGUCGGACCCAGUAGCAGAGACUUUAAGCAUAGGGGAUCGCGGAUUUCAGAAGCGAGUCUUAUAAUGAGUCCCAAUGACUUGUUGGCCUUGUUGAUGACAUGAUCAACAUGUGUAUUAAAGAACAGCUGCUCGUCCAGCCACACACCCAGAUCCUUUACCGACGAUACUCGACGUAUGACAGUAUCACAUAGGGAGUAGCUGAACGGAAUGAACGCAGAUCUGAUAAACGAAAUAACGCAACACUUAUUAGGACAAAGGUGAAGGCCAUUGUUGUUACACCAAACAGAGAAGGAGUUCAGUAAAUAAAACGAAAUGAAGGGGGCUGAUAACACUUCCUUGAGGGACUCUAGAGAGGCCCGUGAAAGAAUCUGAUAAGCAGGACGAAACUCUAACACAGAUAGGAUUUGAACCAUGACAGUAAUCGACCUCCGACACCGAGUCUUUCGAGUUUGGUAAUCAAGGGGUCAAGGGGUAAACUGUCGAAGGCAGCCUUAAAAUCCGUGUACACGACAUCAGUUUGGCGACCAGAUAUCGUAUUAGAGAGAACAGAAGAAACAAAACCCAUAACGUUGGAUGAGGUUGUGCGUUGGUUGUGGGAAUGAAACCAUGUUGGUGCGUAGAGAGGUGUCCAACGAUGGUAGAAAGGAUGGAUUUGUGCAUCAAGGAUUCGAGGACUUUGGACGGUGAACAUAGUAGGGGGAUGCCGCGGUAGUUAGCCCCACACAUCGGUCCCCUUUUUAUGUAUGGGAACCAACCACGCGGACUUCCAAUUAUAUCUACACGACAAAAAAAUGAGCAUUUGAAACAGAAGCGAUUAUUAAAAAAAUAAUCCUCAUUAUUUUUUGCGGCAUGGAAGGCAUGCGACGGCUUCAUUAAGAAGCAAUAUUGCACCUUUGUUGUUUUCAUUCAUUUCAUUUCAUUACAAUUUAACGUACUCUGUUGCCGAUCCUUAAAUGACGAAUCUUUACAAUUAGUUAUAAUAUAUGAGAAUCACUAAUUUGGAACCUUCUUGUCUGUAUGAUAUAAUUACAAAAAAAAACAACAAUCGCAUCCGAUGGAGCACAGGCACAUAUAUCAAAAUUUGCAGACCGCUGAAUGUAGACAAUCCAAUAGUGUUAUACCGAAGACUACUGUGCAUUAGUGAUGGGUAAAUUCGUCACCCGGAAAAUCGGAAUAAAAAAAUCGAAAUCCCUUACGAAUGACUCCACCAAAAUCAGAAGAGGCCCCAGAAGCCGAUCGGAGCCGGAAUCGUCGGAGUCGCCGGAGCCGUCUGGAGCAGGAGUUCGAGCGGUUACGGACACUCCUGAGGCAGGCCAAGACCUCAAAGCGAAUUUAGCGCCGGAUAAGUCACUAGAAGUACAAGAUUUGCCGGUGCAUCCUGCCGUGAAAGUUUCGAGAUUCGCUGUUGCGGAUCAGCCUCAACCAUAGACUUCGGGAUUGCCAGUGUUCAUUCUAGGACCGUUCUGCCGUGCCGCUUUCGAUCGAAUCUGUUGCGGAUUCAUUCAAUCGUUGACGGUUUGUUUUGGAAUAGAACUGUGUUGAUCAUUUGUAUACAAUUGUAGAUAGCUGUAAGUCGUAAACCCGAUAUAUCCUACGGUGGUAUCAUGCAGGACGCGGGUUUGGUGAAUGAAAAGUCCUACGAAGGAGACAUCUUUGCAGGACGAUCUCCGUAAUUAGACUUUUGAGGCAAACGAGCUUACGAUAGGGAAUCUUGUGUACACGGUAAAGCCACAGCUUUCGCGAUAAUCAUCGCGGAUGCACCAGCACGUGCUUUCGUGAAAAGUGUAAAGACGUUUAAGGCGAUCGUUAGUAGCCAGAAAUGCACGAUCGAAACGGAGUACCAUGCAAGGACUCGUCGCCGUUUUUACCGGUACGGUGUGAACGCCCGAAGAACGGAUAGAAAUUUUCGACAAGGAAUGUACCGGAACCAUAUCAAUCAUCCUACGCCACUUGAUAAACCCACCAAAUGUUAUUUGAUUAAGAACUUGCCGGUGGUAGAACGAAUGCUUCUCGCAGACAAAGGCGUACUUGGUAAGCUAGGCUAUUUGUGGGUGAAUGGUUCUUCUUCUUCUUCUUUGGCUCAACAACUGUUGUCGGUCAAGGCCUGUCUGUACCCACUAAUGAAGUGAGCUUGCCUUAUUGUUAGCAUAGCAGGAUAGUCAGUCCUACGUAUGGGGGCACGGUCUAUUCGGGGGUGAAUGGUUACCGGUACAUUAAUUGUCGCACGACUGCUGAAUGACAUCCAGGCGUCGGAUGUCAACACAUAUUCAGCAGCUUAGGCUUCCGCCUGACUUCAAACGGCGAUUGCGGGACCUGCGGUACAUGGAGUACUGGAAGACUUCCUAAAAUGCUGCUCCAGGUUGCCGGAGUCGUCGUUUUAAGAGAUAACCUUACAUGUUUUCCACAUUGUACCAUUGUACAAAAUGGGCAUAUGCCGACGAGUUGUUGAACCAGUUUGUGGUAGACUUUGCUAAUGUGUACACCCAAGAACUGAUCAACAGCAACGUCCACAGAUUGUCAACAGCAACCAGGCUGAAACCCGUAGUGCCAAUUCCGUGGUCUACUGUUAAAAGUGUAGGGCACUAAACUGAGGCUUUGGUACGGCCAGGCUUUACGUUCCGGUAAAAUUUCCGUGACCAAUGGUUCAUGACAACUAAUGGCAACCAGGCUGCCAUGUUGGUUGGGGACGAGUUGUUUGUGGAAAGGCAGCAGUUCUGACAGCAGACUAACUAUAUGAGCUAUUUAUGCAUAGUUUUCCGAGGUUUUUCAAGAAAUUUAUCUUUUUUUUAUUAUUUGUUAUUUGUUAUUAAAUAACAAAUAACAAAAUAACAAGGGAAUACUUACAGAAUGUGUACACGGACGGAACUGACAAAACAGCAUUGCGAUUAGCGGAAUCCCUUAUACAUACUAAUCGAGAUUGAUGAAAUUCCUGUUUGAGGUUAGAAUUACAAUUAAUCGAUUUCCACGGAUUCCAGUUCGAGAAAUGGAAACGUCACAUGAAUGUGGCACCUAAACUUUAUAUCAAGUGAUGUACAUUUUGAAUCAUUCACUAUAUUUUAAAUAUCAAUUUUUUUCUUGUACAAAAAUUAAGUUAAAAAUUCGUUAAUUUUUUAUUAUUUAAAAAAAAUGGCAAUUUUAAAAUAAUUUUUGAAAAUCUUUUUUACAAACUUUGGUUUGCAUUUUCAAAACAACCAUUACAAGCGAAAAUAUUUUAACGAAAACCUUUUGAUAAUUACUCUUAUAAAACUUAUAUAACCUUAAAAUAACUUAUAAAAUCACUUUUUAAAAUUCGUUCAAAAAUAUUUUUCUUUAAAACCUUUCUUGAAUAUGUUAUUUAUAUUUUUGAACGAUUUUUAAAUGCGUUAGUUAGCACAUAAAACCUGUUUUUCGAGGUGUCUUUACAGUUAUGGUACGACCAUAAAUUUGUUUUUUCGUCAUAAGUCGGGUAAAAAAAUAGUGGUAAAAAAUAUGAAAAAUUUUACGAAGAUGUGAAAUAGUAUUCUGCACAACUCAUACAUUCACUGUUUUUAUCUAUCUCUUAUGGAUUUUCCGCAAAUCGCGAAAAACGUCUGUCGAUAUAGUUGUGGUAGGCGCUGUUCAAUAUAAUGUGUGGUUUCAUUGAUGCACCCUCUGUGUCACCUUAUAUUAAUUUAAUUGCUCCUUUUAGACCACUUAUACCUAGACCAUUAUUGGCUUCUUUUCCGUAGUGUUAGACUGUAUUUUGUAUUUUAAUAUUAACUUUAAAAUUAACUUUAAUUAGAUAUUUCAUUACCUAGCACCUUUUGACCAGGAUAAAUUAGUUUCUUAAAGAAUAUGAAUAAGGCAUUAGGUUUAAGCAUGGUUUUGUAGGCUCGUUAAAGCCAGAUGAAUUAAUUAAAUAAAUACGAAACACGAUACAUAAAAUUAUGGUAAAAAUAAAGACAUUCGGACGACCGGAACUGUUUUAGUA